UCAUAAAUGAAACAAUUCAUUCAAAAUAAGCUGCAACACCUGAAAGCAGAAGCAAUAACCAGAAAGAUUGUAGAAGAUGAACCCGAUACUCCUUUUCUUGUUGACUUUUCUAGCACUCGCCCGUGCUCAACAAAGCUCCGAUGAUCCACCGCCACACACAGCCACCGUCUGCAUCGUCGGCGCCGGCAUCGGCGGUUCUUCCGUUGCCCAUUUCCUCCGCAAAUACUCGCCGGACUCCACUCCCGCCACCAAAAUCCGAGUGUUCGAGCGAAACGGCGUCGUCGGUGGCCGCAUAGGCACCGUCACAGUCGCGGGCGAGACCUUCGAAGCCGGAGCUUCCAUUCUCCAUCCGAAGAACCUGUACGCAGUGGAUUACGUAAAGCUUCUCAAUCUCAAGGUCAAACUGCCUCGUUCCGAAUCUCUCUCUUUUGGCAUUUGGAAUGGGAACAAGUUCGUUUUCAAAACCGUUAAGAUUAGUUGCAAUCUUCCCAUCAUCGAUGAGCUCCUCAAACCUCCGUUUGUCAAUACUCUCGUAUCACUCGUUAAUUCGGUGUUCAUGUUCGUUCGCUACGGUUUCUCGCUUCUUAAGAUGCAAAACUUCGUUGAGAGUACUGUGGGUAGGUUCUUAAAGUACUAUGAGGAACCUGGUUCCAGACCUGUUUUUGAGACUGUGGAUGAGAUGCUGAAGUGGGCUGGUUUGUAUAAUCUUACCAGCAGGACUUUGCGAGAUGAAUUGGUUGAUGCUGGGUUGUCUCCCUUGUUGAUCAAUGAACUUGUCACUGUCAUCACACGUAUUAAUUAUGGCCAGAGUGUGUCCAUGAGUGGGUUGGCUGGUGCAGUUUCUUUGGCAGGAUCAGGUGAUGGAUUAUGGUCCAUUGAAGGAGGCAACUGGCAAAUGGUUGCUGGAUUGAUUAAUCAAUCAGAUGUCUCAUUACACUUGCAUGAAGAAAUAAAAUCUGUUACUGACCUUGGAGAUUAUUAUGAACUCAACUCAAUAAAAGGAAACAGUUACACCUGUGAAGUUGCUGUGGUUGCUACACCGUUGGAUGAGUUAAAUAUUCAAUUUGUUCCCCCAAUUUCUAUUCCUGAGAGAAAAUUACAGCACACGCAUGCAACUUUUGUCAGGGGCCUUCUAAAUCCUGUAUAUUUUGGUCUCAAGGCUGCAACAAAAAUUCCAGAUCUUGUGGGCACAUUAGAGGAUCCUAACCUACCAUUUUCAAGCAUAUCUGUUCUUAAGAAGCACAAUGAGAAAGAAUCCACUUAUAAAAUAUUCUCUCGUCAACCAAUGGAAGACACAUUGUUGGAUAGCAUCUUCAGAGUGAGGAAGGAGACAAUUCGGAUAAACUGGGCUGCAUACCCUCAUUACCACGCCCCAGAAGUAUUUGCACCAUUUAUAUUGGACGGGCGGCAUCUAUACUACGUUAAUGCAUUUGAAAAUGCAGCUAGCACCAUGGAGACAAGUGCUGUGGCAGCUGAAAAUAUUGCCCGACUCAUACUCUCAAGAUAUUUCGGCAAAGUAAUUGUGCAUUCAUCUAAUUUGACUGCUUCUGAAGGAGAGCGUACCCAUUUGGAUUUGUGAUACAGUGAUUGUAAGAUAUUAUUAGUCUGGUUAAUGUUGAAUGUUGUAAGAUCUUAUAUUGUUUGCAUCUGAAAAUCUGGACAAGCUAUAAUAGUGUGUAAAUACAUGCCAAUAAGGAAUUACUCUCCCCACCCGUGGAUAAACACGCCAAUAAGUUUGUGUAUAUAAAAAAUCAUCUAUUG